AAGAAAAAGAAAAAGAAUCCUUGAGCCUGUAUAUGCUAGCGGCAUUGUCAGAUGAAUUGGUAGUACUCCCUCCGAGCAUCCAAAAUUCAAAUAUCACACACACAGCGGGAAAAAGAUGAAGCCGAAAUGAUCUCCGAAAGGAAAAAAGAAUUACAAAAAACCCAAACGCCUCUCUUCUUCACUUUCUCGUUUCUCUUUCCUGUAUAAAACACUUUUACAAUCCCCAACACAAAAAGAGAGAGCCUUUCUUCGCUUCCAACACAAAAAAAGGGAAAGCAAUUUGCGGAGAUGAAGAGCAGCAAGAAACCACUGAGCCUCAACGACCGCCAUUACCGUCUCCUUCAAGACCUCUCCGCUCCUCCUAAACCCUCCUCCAGGCCCUCCGCCGACGAUAAUGAUAUUCCUCAAUUCUCAGGAAUCGGCGAUUUCGAUUCUCCUCUUGAAGGAGAAGGGAAGCCAUCAAAGGUCAACAACAACGACCGUGACGAUGAGAAUAUUUCUCAAUUCUCAGGAAUCACCAGUCUUGAUUCUCCUCUCGAGAAAGAGAAGCCGACUAAGGUUAAAAUCGAAGGUAGGCGGCGUCUAUGUAAAGUUUCAACUCGACACAAUGAUAGUUCUGAUGAUACAGUGGUGCUUGAUGACCCGACCUUUUCUGAUAUCACUGAAUUUGAUUCGCCGCCACCCGAAAAUGCGGGUGAGGGUGGUGGUGAGAAUAGGGGUGGAAGUGAGAUUAGGGAUAUUCUCAAUGAUUUGAGCGCUAAGUUUGAUUUUUUGUCCAUUGAGAAGAAGCGGGUUCCAAAGAGGAUUGACUUGGUCGAGGAUUCUUUAGAUUUGGUGGGAGAGAAGGAAAUGAGUGAAGAGAAGAAAGUUGAUUUUCCUGAAUAUGUGAGUGCAGGGUCUUCGCUUUCGCUUGCAUCUGACAUGUCCGGUUCCUCGUCGGACGUGGUUAAUAGUGCUGGAGGUGGGGUUGAGAAUGCUGUAGAAGAGCAUGAGGAGAAGAGUGAUUUGUGGAAUGUUUCUGAAGGUAAUAGGGCACAUGGAGUGAAGAACAAUAGUGGAAGGCUAAAUAGAAAUGAACCCAGAGAGGUGGGUGAGAAAUUGAUGUCCAGGAGACUGCCUUUUGUGACUGAAACUGCUGAGGAGACGGUGUUUGACUCCAAGGAAGAUGGUUUUGUGGGUGGGGUACAUGGGACUAAGAAACAUGGUGGAGCAAAAACAAAUGAUCCUCAACCUCAGAGGAUGGAUACGAAGUUAGUUCCUGUGCAUCAAUUCUUUGAGUCUAAAGUUGAAGAAAGAGAGGAUGAUUGUGUUACUUUGAGUGGCAAGAAAAUGGUGAAGGUGGUGGAGAAGUGGGGAAAGAAGCUUAAGGAGGAGUAUAAUGAUUCAGAUGGUGAUGAUGUGUUGGAUGAUUAUGCGGAUGGUUCUGUUUUGGAGGAUGAUGGGUCUAUUACUUUUAGUGGCUCAAAAUCCACGUACAAGUUGCCUGGUAAGAUUGCCAAAAUGUUGUAUCCGCAUCAGCGUGAUGGCUUAAGGUGGCUAUGGUCUCUGCAUUGUCAGGGUAAGGGUGGAAUCUUAGGAGAUGACAUGGGUCUAGGGAAGACAAUGCAGAUAUGUGGCUUCUUAGCUGGAUUAUUCCACUCACGUUUGAUUAAGAGGGCAAUGAUUGUGGCCCCAAAAACGCUAAUGCCCCAUUGGAUCAAAGAAUUAUCAGCCGUGGGGCUCUCUGAGAAGAUAAGAGAGUACUAUGGGACUUGUCCAAAAGCUCGGCAGUACGAGCUCCAGUAUAUACUUCAGGACAAAGGUGUUCUUCUUACAACUUAUGAUAUUGUACGGAACAACUCUAAAUCUUUACGGGGGGACUACUAUUUCGAUGAUGAAGGAAGUGAAGAUAGUGUUACAUGGGAUUAUAUGAUACUUGAUGAGGGGCAUCUUAUAAAGAAUCCUAGUACACAGAGAGCCAAAAGUUUGCUUGAGAUACCAAGUGCUUGUCGUAUUAUCAUCAGUGGCACACCAUUACAAAACAAUCUAAAGGAGCUGUGGGCCUUGUUCAACUUCUGUUGUCCUGACCUACUAGGUGACAAGCAAUGGUUUAAGGAAAAGUUUGAAUAUGCAAUUCUACGUGGAAAUGAAAAAAAAGCUUCUGAUAGGGAAAAGCGUAUUGGUUCAACAGUUGCAAAGGAGCUAAGAGAACGUAUUCAACCUUAUUUUUUGCGUCGCUUAAAGAGUGAGGUUUUUAGUGAAGAUAACUCCAAAUCAGCUGUCAAACUUUCUAAGAAGAAUGAGGUCAUCGUGUGGCUAAGAUUAACUAGCUGCCAGCGACAACUUUAUGAAGCUUUUUUAAAGAGUGAGCUGGUUCUUUCAGCUUUUGAUGGAUCACCACUGGCUGCACUUACAAUUCUGAAGAAAAUAUGUGAUCAUCCACUUCUCUUGACAAAGAGAGCUGCUGAAGAUGUACUGGAAGGGAUGGAGUCGAUGUUCAAACCAGAAGAUGUCAAAAUGGCUGAAAAAUUGGCAAUGCACAUAGCUGAUGUUGCUGAGACAGAUGACUUGGAAGAAAGCCAUGACAAUGUCUCAUGCAAACUAUCGUUCAUCAUGUCUUUAUUGGAUAACUUAAUAUCGGAGGGGCAUAGUGUUCUUAUCUUUUCUCAGACUCGUAAGAUGCUUAAUCUUAUUCAGGAUUCAAUUGUAUCCAAAGCUUAUGAGUUCUUACGCAUUGAUGGCACCACAAAAGCUAGUGACAGAGUAAAGAUUGUUAGUGAUUUCCAAGAAGGUGUAGGAGCUCCCAUAUUUCUCUUGACUUCUCAAGUUGGUGGUCUUGGCCUUACGCUAACAAGAGCAGACCGUGUGAUUGUAGUUGAUCCUGCUUGGAAUCCCAGUACGGAUAACCAAAGUGUUGAUCGUGCAUAUCGAAUAGGGCAAAAGAAGGAUGUCAUUGUAUAUAGAUUAAUGACAUGUGGAACUGUUGAAGAAAAAAUAUAUAGAAAGCAGAUAUUUAAAGGAGGAUUGUUUAGAACUGCAACUGAGCACAAAGAACAAAUUCGUUACUUUAGCCAGCAGGAUCUUCGUGAGCUUUUCAGUCUCCCAGAACAGGGGUUUGAUGUCUCUGUUACGCAGCAGCAGUUACAUGAAGAGCAUGAUUGCCAGCAUAUAAUGGAUUCCUAUUUGAAAGCCGACAUAGAGUUCCUGGAAACCCAAGGUAUUGCGGGAGUUAGUCACCACAGUUUACUCUACUCCAAGACAGCGCCUGUUCAAGUUGUAAAUGAAGAAGAGGAAGAAGUGAUUCGGAAAAAAGGGCCUACAUUCGUUGGAUAUUCAUCAUCAAGUUCUUCAGUUGAACAUACUGUUGAUGGGGCUGUGCAUGCUUUCAAGCCAAAGGAUUUAAGCUUAAACAAGAAAAGCUCUUCCCUUGGCAGUGAGUAUAAAUUGACGGAACUUGGACUUGAAGAGAAUAUUAGUCGUCUAUCGCAAACUCUUGCAAAUAAGGGUAUGGUUGCCAGGUUACCGGAUAAGGGUGAAAAAUUAGUAAAGCAGAUCGCUGAAUUGAAAUCAGAGCUCUAUAAAAUUAGGAAAGCGGAAAGAGCUGAAAACCAAGUAAUUGAUUUGGAUAGUUUAAGUGGGGAUCUUCAAAGAGUUUUGAAUGUGUAGACCAUUGUUGCUGAUUAAAUGUAUAGACGUUUGAAAGGAAUUAAGCUUGAUGGUUUUUGCUUGUGUUGUGUAUUUGGAAUUCUUCCACAAUGCUGAGUGUCACCAUCCCCAUUGAUAAAUAUGUGCACGGGAUUUACAUUUUCUCAAGUUUUAAAUUAAAACUUUUGUUUGGCUGCAAUAUUGUUUCAACUUGACAAUGAUUAGUUGCAACAAGUCUUUGUAAAUGAAAUAA